GCGCGCCUACGAUACAGCUAGCUUCACUUCACUUCACUUACUGUUCUAUUUCUCAUUCAUUCUAUAGAAUUAAGACCAAAUUCUACACACUUAGCGCGACAGGAUUGAGAUGUUACAGUUCCGGUGUUCACUUGUCCUGAAGGAGUUGUUUAAUGUCAGCCUAAAGCGUCCGUUACUUUAUUCACUGAGACUCAACGCGCGGUGCUUCAGCCACGAUGGCCAAGUGGUCUUAACGUCGCGUCGUGCUUUUAAGCCAGGAUUUCUGUCUGACGCUCCAGCAUGGACCAGAAGUUUCUGUACGAGGUCUGAAGGAGUCCUAGAACCCGAGAAGAAAGAUGAUCUCGCCCAGGAGGCCGGCACGGACAAGAAGGCGGGUAUCAUGCCCAGCCUGGAGGAUCUGCUCUUCUACACCAUCGCUGAGGGUCAGGAGAGGAUCCCAGCUCACAAGUUCAUAACGGCGCUGAAGGCCACUGGACUGAGAACAGGAGAUCCCAGACUGAAGGAAUGUAUGGACAUGCUGAAGGAGACCCUGAAGACCACGUCUGACGGUGUGAUGCUGGAUCGGCACCUGUUCAAGAAGUGCGUCCAGAGCAACAUAGUUCUCCUGACCCAGGCCUUCCGCAGGAAGUUCGUCAUCCCCGACUUCACGACUUUCACCUCCCACAUCGAUAAGCUGUACGAGAAAGCUAAGAAUCUGUCCGGAGGUCAGGUCGCCGACUACAUUCCUCAGCUGGCCAAGUUCAGUCCGGACCUGUGGGCGGUGUCUCUGUGCACGGUGGACGGACAAAGACACACGGUGGGCGACACCAAAGUGCCGUUCUGCCUGCAGUCCUGCGUGAAGCCGCUGAAGUACGCCAUCGCCGUGCACGACCACGGCACCGAGUACGUGCACAACUUCAUCGGCAAAGAGCCCAGCGGCCUGCGCUUCAACAAACUCUUCCUGAACGAUGAGGAUAAGCCGCACAACCCCAUGGUGAACGCCGGCGCCAUCGUGUGUACGUCCCAGAUAAAGCAAAAGGCGAGCAACGCCGAAAAGUUCGACUACGUGCUGAACUUUCUGAAGAAGAUGGCGGGAGACGAAUAUGUGGGUUUCAGCAAUGCCACAUUCCAGUCUGAGCGGGAAUCAGGCGACAGGAAUUUUGCUAUCGGUUAUUACCUGAAGGAGAAGAAGUGUUUUCCUGAGGGCACAGACAUGACCUCCAUCCUAGACUUCUACUUCCAGUUAUGCUCCAUCGAGGUGACCUGCGAGAGCGCCAGCGUCAUGGCCGCCACCCUGGCCAACGGCGGCUUCUGUCCAAUCACAGGCGAGCGCGUGCUGAGUCCCGAGUCCGUACGGAACACGCUGAGCCUCAUGCACUCCUGCGGCAUGUACGACUUCUCCGGCCAGUUCGCCUUCCACGUGGGACUGCCGGCCAAGUCUGGCGUGGCGGGUGGCAUCCUGCUGGUGGUGCCCAACGUAAUGGGAGUCAUGUGCUGGUCUCCUCCACUGGAUAAACUGGGCAACAGUGUUCGUGGUAUACAGUUUUGUACGGAUCUGGUGUCUCUCUUUAACUUCCACAACUACGACAACCUGCGACACUUCGCUAGGAAGCUGGACCCCAGGCGUGAGGGUGGCGACCAGCGGCAGCACAGCUUCGGACCGCUGGAUUACGAGAGCCUUCAGCAAGAGCUCGCUCUCAAAGACUGUCUGUGGACAGAGGUCUCGCCCACCGAGUCCAACCAGGACAGUUCCACCACCGUAGUCUAUAGGAUGGAUAGCGCCGGCGAGCGCAGCUAAACCCGCCGGCGUCGCCUGGAAGCGGGAAGAAAAGCGGGCGGGGUGCGGUGUUGUAUGAGGGCCCGUGUGGCUUAUUUAUUUGUUUUCAUUUGACUUGUAUUUCUUUUUGCCUGCUGUUUAUCACGCCGGUGAUUUUUCUAGCGGAAGACUUUAUAUUAUAUUUUUGUGUAUUUGUUUGUUUUUUGGGGCGGAUGUUUUCAAUCCCGCGCCGCUUCUGUUCGUGUUACGAGGCAGGAAACCAAAGCGAAAGAUGAUUUUAAUGAAUAUGUUGCACGAGAUCAUUUGCAAUAAAAGGGCGGAAAAGAUGAACGAGAACCAGGGAUGCAAAUUUUGUCUCUCUUUUAAUUCCCUGAUAACCGAGCGUCAUUAGUAAGCCGUAGGAUGAACACAGUUCGUUCUAAGUGCUAUUAAACAUAAAUUAAUCGAUAAAUAACAAAGCAGUCGCUGUAUUUAAGUUUUCCUGGCGACGUUAGUGCUUUUAUUAUACGAUUCUUCCCCUCGUGCUGGAGCACGAUGCAAAAUCUCCACAUCAUUCCACACGUUCAGUUGAACAUUAAUGGGAACGGAACAGUGUGCAUUGGAUAUUCCGCUACCACACCAAUGCCAGGUUUCUGAACUCCCCGGUUCGAGUCUCGGCUCUGCUGCCGGUCGACUGGGCGCCAUCUAGUGGGCACAAUUGGCAGUGCCUGCAGCAGACACGUCUCUGCCAGGGUGGGAUGACCGGACUGAUUGGCAGAUAUAGCGGUGCCUGUGCAGAGCGCAUGGGCGAAAAGAGUUAGUCCGUUAAGGGCUGCGUGCGGGUCGUCGGAGGCGUGAGCAGCAAUAUACCCACUUCGACCGCAAUCAGGGAUCCACCAGCAGAGGAAGACAGAUUGACUACGAUAAAUUGGGAGAAAAUAUAAUAUAAUACUAAUAUAAUACUAAUAAUAUAAUUAAACUACACAGACAAGAGAAGAUAAGCAGACAGAAACAUUAUACCUCUUUUGCCAUAAAAUGACACAUACGUGUUAAAUAUGGCAUUAAAAUCCAAAUAAAUACAUAAUAAAUAAAUAAUAUAAUUUUACUGUCGUUUCAGAUGUUAUUUCAGAAUGAUUGUUGUUGCUCGAUGUUUGGCUGAAUGAUGUAAGAACGUUUACUGUCAAAUUUGGCUCUAUACAUGAUUAGAUCUGCGCUGUAAACCUUUACGGAACAUCGUCGAUUAUCGUACAUCGACUGGACCGAAGUGCUUUAUACAGUUUUAAUGAAAAAUUGAGGAAGCUUGACAGACUAGAGCCAGAUUUGUUAUUUAAAUAGUAAAUUGUACUUCAAAUGUACAAGAACGAGCAUCAGCGAGUCAAGUGUGAGCAGUUUUUUUUUUUUUAAAGUGUACAAAAACUAUAUUCAUAUAUAUUCAUAAAAAUAAAAAGUGAUAAGGGGUGUUUAGGUGGCGCAGCAGUUAGUCCUGGCAUAAAUACUGCUCAUCAUAACUAAUCCUAAUUCUUUCUGUAGAACUUCCCUAUUUCAGAAAGAAUUACGUUACUUAAAUAAAAAAUGACCAUUUCCUAUUUUCUCGGUACAUGGUGAGCUGAGGGCCGCGCUCGAUUCAACAGCACCAUCAAUUUAAUUUGCUUUUACUAAGCCAUUCAAAUUAUACAAUUAUAAUAAAAAACAGAGAAAGUGUGACUGAGCCAAGUGAGAUUUUAUUUAUUUGGGACUUUAAAUAUACGAGAACCAGCAACAGACCAGUCAAGUGAAGUGAUCAUCAACUAUAUUCAUAUAUAAAUAUAUAACACAUAAAUAUUUGGGGCGUUUGGGUGGCGCAGUGGUAGAUUCCGCUCGCCCACAGCUGCUACAGGCCAAAGAAAACAUUCAGCGGCCGGUUCAGAGUCGCAGGGACGCGGUUCUUUCCAGAACAUUGAUCCUGCGCUGCUUAGCUUAGUGCUUCUGUUACAUGACAUGUCAUUCACCAUUUCACUAUCACGUCUUAAAGCCCCAAUCAGGAACCGCGGAGCAGCAGAUCGGCUCAAGGACGCGCUACUGAUCUGAUCCGAUUUUUAUUUUAUUACAUUUUGUUUUCUUUUGUUCGUUUGUUUUUCUUUAAGGACCUUGUUUGAGAAGUAAUUCCUGAUUGAGCCUUUAACUGUGAAUUAUUACUGUUGUAAGAAAGCAGCAUCUUUCCAGGACGGCGGUAAAGCGGAAAAGGAUUUAACCAUAAACCCGCAGAUUAAGGAGUCGGUUCGACGCUCGGGUGGCCGUGCUAACGGCCGUCUAGGCGCCUGCACGGAAAUCGAUUGGCUGAGGAUGCUUGAGGGGGUUCCUCAUUACUGCUGCAGUUACCUGAUGGUACUGCACAGAGACGAGGGAUAAUGGGGAUCGGUGCGUGCCUCUCCGUGCACGAUUCGGAUCUCCAUACAAUGAAAUGCGGUCAGGUGAUCAGAUUUGGAGGAAGAUUCGAGAACGUGAAACAAAAAAUUUGUUUAUUUACAAAUAAAUAAAAGCUGCUGCUUUCUCGCGACAGUAAAUGAAGCGCGGCCGUGCAGGCCGGUGUGGAAAGUGUUACCCCCGUGUGUUACCCCCGUGUGUUACCCUCGUGUGUUACCCUUGUGUUACUUCUGUGUGUGUGUCGCUUGUUUUGACCGUCUGUCUUAAGCAUGAGUGUUGAACUUUUUUGGGAUGUGUCAUUUUAUUCGUAUUUUAUUUUAAACUGAACUGGGCGGGUUCUCGUGCGUCUGUCCGUCGAGUGCGUAAACGAGGGGAUUCAAACGACCCCGUUACUGACGGGACGGUUCCAGGCAUGAUGAACGUCCGGCUUACACCAAAAGUAUUUAUAUCAACGUGCUAGCGCUGCUCUUACAUUUAUCACUGCUUUCUGUUUCUGUUUUUAUUUUUAUUUGCUUUUAAUUUGCUGUAAAUUCACAUUUUUAUCAUUUUAAUAAAUGUUGUGUGAAUCCA